AUGUCAGAUCCAGCCCAAGUCCCAAAGAAAAGAAUUGUUCCAAAUCAUAUUGGUCCAUUACCAUCCACAAUAACCCAUCCACAACAACCACAAACACAACAACCACCACCACCACAACAACAACAACAACAACAACAACAACAACAACAACAACAACAACAACAACAACAACAACAACAACAACAACAACAACAACAACAACAACACUUGCAACCACAAUACCAAUCACAACAACCUAUAAAAUACCCAAUUCAUCAAGAAUACCAACCAUCAUAUUUAGAUUUAGAAGCAGUUGGAUUAUCAAAUAUUACACCAAUUAUAGAUCGUGUGGCAUUUAUUCCAACAUCACCAUAUAAUAGUGAAAUAUUUGACAAAGAUACCAAAAGGUCAUUAACCGAUGAUUUUGUUAAACUUAUGACAAAAUUAGAUGUUAGUACAGAUGUUGGUGAAGAAACCAAUACUAUUGGAGACAGUAAUAAUAUAAGUGGUAAUGGCGCUGAAAUUAAUGUUGAAAGCUCCGAUAGCGAGGAUGAUGAAGAUGAUGAAGACGAAGAAGAUGAUGAACUUACAACAAUCAAAGAAGGAGAUGAAGAAAUUGUGGUCGCAGUUAAUAAAGAAUAUGAAAAGAACGAAGAGGAAGAAGAUCCAGAGCCAAUUACUUUUGAUCAAGAUGAUUUAACAACAAAUGAAAAAAUGGUAGAAAUUCAUAAAAAAGUUAAAGAAAGAAACAAUCGUCAAAGAACCCUAAGAGAGUUAAAACUAAAUCAAAUGUUUGAUUCAAUUACAUUAGGUGCUCCAGCUCCUUACAUCACCCCAACUAAAUUUACAAAAAGAAGAAAGAAGGAAGGUGAAGAGGAAGAAGAAGAACAAUUACUUUCUUCAAAAGAAGUUGCCAUUGAGAGAACCGGUUUUUUUUACUCCAUCUAA